AUUGUGUUAUACUCUAUAAAAUUAACGUUUGAAGAACAACUUGUGUUCGCUGAACGCAGUUUUAAUUAAGGGAGUCAAAGUUGUGUUCGCCAAACACAACUCUAAUUGGAAAAAAGUAUUCCGUGUUUGUUGAACAUGGUUCAAAUUGCUAGGAAUUUCACAUUGAGAUUCUACAUUGAUUGGUAAUUGCUCCCCUUCCACCCACCAAUGUCACUUACCCUGCGCUCAUCAUCGGGAAAAAUCUCGUCUUUGUUCCCUUCCAAGAAGCCCUCAAGCCUCAGUCUCCCGACCAAACAAGAGCCCAAGUGGGUGCCCUUAAACCUGGGCAGAACCGAGCUCUACCUGCCCUUGACCUUUCCCACAGGCCAGACUUUCAGGUGGAAGCAGACGGGUCCUCUCCAGUUCACCGGGGUAGUCGGCCGCUUCCACUUGGUCUCCCUGAAACAGCUCGAGAAUGGGGACGUUGGUUACCAUCAGCACUCCACAAGCGGGGCGGAUGAUUUUUCCAGUGCCUUGCUUGAUUUUCUCAAUGUGGGUAUUUCUCUGAGUGAGGUUUGGGAGAUCUUCAAAGCCUCAGAUCCGAGAUUCAAUGUGUUAGCCGAUCAUUUGGGAGGGGCCAGAGUCCUUCGGCAGGACCCUGUCGAGUGCCUAAUCCAGUUCAUUUGCUCUUCUAAUAACAAUAUUAAGAGAAUCACAUUGAUGGUCGAUUUCAUUUCGUCCUUGGGGAAUUAUUUAGGGACUGUUGGAGGGUUUGAAUUCUAUGAGUUCCCUUCCCUGGACCGGCUGUCAAAGGUUUCUGAAGCUGAACUUAGGGAGGCUGGUUUUGGUUAUAGGGCGAAAUAUAUAACAGGCACUGUUAAGGAAUUGCAAUCAAAACCAGGGGGAGGUUGCCAGUGGCUUGCUUCGCUUCGAGGGAGAGAACUUAAUGAGGUUGUUGAUGGUCUUUGUACUCUACCUGGUGUUGGUCCCAAGGUGGCAGCUUGUGUUGCUCUCUUCUCGUUGGAUCAACAUCAUGCCAUUCCUGUUGAUACUCAUGUUUGGCAGAUUGCGACUAGGUACCUUGUCCCUGAGCUGGCAGGUGCCCGUUUGACGCCUAAACUGUGCAGUCGUGUGGCAGAAGCAUUUGUAAACAGAUAUGGGAAAUAUGCUGGUUGGGCCCAAACUCUACUCUUCAUUUCAGAACUUCCAACACAACAAGCCUUGUUGCCCAUUACAUUUCGGAACUCGGCAGACGAAAGAUAUCCCAAACAUAAGAAGAAAAGGAAAAUGGACGGAAUCAAGAAAAUACCCACUGCUACUAGCCGACUCGCAUAAUGUCUAUGCUCAACUUCAAGUAUGUACAUGGUCAGUGUUGUUUACCAAAUGAUUCCCAAAUAUCACAUGUAUCCUAUGAAGCUAUGUCAAUUUUGUUUAAUCUUAUUCAUUGAAGAGAAUUGCAAACACCACAUACGAAACUUUGGACAGUUGUGUUUGUUACUUGUUGAAAUGAGAUAUGUAUGGACUUGUCCCAUUUCUAGUCAGUGCAUGCGCAAUUCCAUUUUACCUCAUAAAUCUUCCCCUAACUU